AUGACAAGUUUAAAUGAAGUCCAUCGUAAGCAAAAGCAAACAAACGUCAAAGUUUUCACGCAUAUCAUAAAAUUUAAACAAACGUUAAUCAGUGAACGUCAAAGUAAAGAGAAAGAAAACCACAAAACCCCAGAAAAAAAAAAUAUCCAGAACUGGAGUCUUUUACACAUUCAACAAGUCUCUGAUAAUUUAUUUCCAAACAAGCCCGAACCUUAA